AUGCUUUUCAGUGAUAUGGCUAAGACUGAUGGUCAUAUUCGAGGUUACGCGAGGAUAGGGACUACAGCCGUACCUUCAAUCAAACAACAUUUGAGAACAACAACAAAUAAAGGGAAACUCCGAAAUACAAAUGAUGAACCGUAUUAUUAUCUUGAUCCAUACAGUAUUCACAGACAGUUGAUCAGAAUAAUUCCUGCAUUUCCGAAUGCCAAUAUAUCUGUUGAAGUUAUAGGAAGAACUGUAGAAUACAAUGAUAUCGUGUUACUUAAAAUAACCGAACGUAAGGAUAACGCGCGUUAUAGAGCCGUUGACGAGACGAAGUACGCGGACGACGUAUUGCAGAAGAAGAUAAUUUUUAUCGUUCACGGCCUCAGUAUUAUGGGAUUCAAAAAUAUACCAUGUCUCGAUGAAAGUCCAUAUUUUAUUCAAUUGUUGUCGUAUUACUUUGAGCAUUUGGAUAAGUUUGAUAUUUUUUUAAUACCCUUGGCGAAUCCGGACGGAUUAAACUAUCCGGACUUCUUUUGGAAUAAAAACGUAUCUCCGCAAAAAGCGUGCCCUGGAGUGGCAUUGGAUCGCAACUUCGACGUGGCGUGGAACUCUAGUCGCUUGUUAAGCUCCUGCAGUCAACACUAUCCAGGUCUUGUGCCGUUUUCCGAAGUUGAGACACAAGUGAUUCGCAAAAUUUUUUAUCAUUAUAAUCACAAAAUAAUUGCGUAUAUUCAUGUCCAUGCGGGAGGUCAUAGCGAAUCAACUUUUAGGGGCGAAGCUGUCUUGUACCCAAAAGGAUAUACCGAUGUACAAGAAGACGAUGACUUAUAUAUAGACUUAAAAGGAGAAAUAGAUGAAGCUAUGAGAAACGCAAGUUUUCGUGUGAUGUCAGUUACUGUAGACACAUUGCAAAGCUGGUAUGGGACUAUAAGUGGAAGUAGCGUCGACUACGCUUCUACGGUACUAUUACCUUUAUUUUUAUGA